GGCGACGGCUCUGGCGGUGCCCGGAAACACUGCAGCUGUGCAGGGACAUAGUGGGGCUGCUGGAGCCUCUGCCUCCUUCACACCUGAGGCUUCUUCUCCCUGAGACUCUCAGAAGUGUCCGGUCCUGGUCCUGGUCCUUUGGCAGAGGACUUCAGCAGGAGGAUGACACUGAAGUGAGGCCAAGAGGGCCGUGAGCUGCUGACUGCCCACGUCGGACACUGGUGCUUCACGGAUCCCUGAGGUCCCUCAAGCACAGCACUCCGGAGCCAGAGGGUGGCCCCCAAGGCUGGCGCCUGCCCCUCCCACUGGGGCCUGCCAGGAAUUCGAUAAGGCCCGAGAACCUACUACGAAUUGUGAGGCUGGACCACGUUCAUGGCUCUCGGGUAGAACCCAGUGAAACGGCCAGAAUGAAUUCUAUGGACAGGCACAUCCAGCAGACAAAUGACCGACUGCAGUGCAUCAAGCAGCACUUACAGAAUCCUGCCAACUUCCACAAUGCUGCCACGGAGCUGCUGGACUGGUGUGGAGACCCUCGAGCCUUCCAGCGACCCUUUGAGCAGAGCCUGAUGGGCUGUCUGACAGUGGUCAGCCGGGUAGCAGCCCAGCAAGGGUUUGACCUGGACCUCGGCUACAGACUGCUGGCUGUGUGUGCCGCGAACCGAGACAAGUUCACUCCGAAGUCUGCCGCCCUGCUGUCCUCCUGGUGUGAAGAGCUCGGCCGGCUGCUGCUCCUCCGACAUCAGAAGAGCCGCCAGAGUGACCCCCCGGGGAAACUCCCUAUGCAGCCCCCCCUCAACUCCAUGAGCCCCAUGAAACCCACUCUGUCGCACAGUGAUGGGUCGUUCCCCUAUGACUCUGUCCCUUGGCAGCAGAACACCAGCCAACCUCCUGGCUCCCUCUCUGUGGUCACCACAGUUUGGGGAGUGACCAAUACAUCCCAGAGCCAGGUCCUCGGGAACCCCAUGGCCAAUGCCAACAACCCCAUGAAUCCAGGCGGCAACCCCAUGGCAUCGGGCAUGACCUCCAGUAAUCCAGGCCUCAGCUCCCCGCAGUUUGCCGGGCAGCAGCAACAGUUCUCAGCCAAGGCCGGCCCCGCCCAGCCCUAUCUCCAGCAGGGCAUGUAUGGACGGCCCAACUAUCCUGGCAGCGGGGGCUUCGGGGCCAGCUACCCUGGGGGUCCUAAUGCCCCCGCAGGCAUGGGCAUCCCUCCACAUACCAGGCCACCUGCUGACUUCACUCAGCCAGCCGCUGCCGCAGCAGCUGCAGCAGUGGCGGCGGCGGCAGCCACUGCGACAGCCACAGCCACAGCCACGGUGGCAGCGCUGCAAGAGACGCAGAACAAGGAUAUAAACCAGUAUGGCCCGGUCUGUUCCUCUUUCCAGAUGGGUCCCACCCAGGCGUACAACAGCCAAUUCAUGAACCAGCCCGGGCCACGGGGGCCUGCCUCCAUGGGAGGCAGCAUGAACCCUGCCAGCAUGGCGGCUGGCAUGACGCCCUCAGGGAUGAGUGGCCCUCCCAUGGGCAUGAACCAGCCCCGGCCACCCGGCAUCAGCCCCUUUGGCACGCACGGGCAGCGGAUGCCCCAACAGACCUACCCAGGCCCCCGGCCCCAGUCCCUCCCCAUCCAGAGCAUAAAGAGGCCAUACCCGGGAGAGCCCAACUAUGGAAACCAGCAAUAUGGACCAAGCAGUCAGUUCCCCACCCAGCCAGGCCAGUACCCCACCCCCAACCCUCCACGGCCACUGACUUCCCCCAACUACCCCGGGCAAAGGAUGCCAAGCCAGCCAAGCACUGGGCAGUACCCACCCCCCACGGUCAACAUGGGGCAGUAUUACAAGGCAGAACAGUUUAAUGGACAAAGUAACACCUUCUCCGGCAGCAGCUACAGCAACUACAGCCAAGGGACUGUGACCAGGCCUCCCAGGCCAGUCCCUGUGGCAAAUUACCCCCACUCACCUGUUCCUGGGAACCCCACACCUCCCAUAACCCCCGGGAGCAGCAUCCCCCCUUACCUGUCCCCCAGUCAAGAUGUUAAACCACCCUUUCCGCCCGACAUCAAGCCAAAUAUGAGUGCUCUGCCGCCACCCCCAGCCAACCACAAUGAUGAGCUGCGGCUCACGUUCCCGGUGCGGGAUGGCGUGGUGCUGGAGCCCUUCCGCCUGGAGCACAACCUGGCCGUCAGCAACCAUGUUUUUCAUCUGCGGCCCACGGUCCACCAGACACUGAUGUGGAGGUCUGACUUGGAACUGCAGUUCAAAUGCUACCACCACGAGGACCGGCAGAUGAACACCAACUGGCCUGCCUCCGUGCAGGUCAGCGUGAACGCCACGCCCCUCACCAUCGAGCGCGGCGACAACAAGACCUCCCACAAGCCCCUGCACCUCAAGCACGUGUGCCAGCCGGGCCGGAACACGAUCCAGAUCACCGUCACGGCCUGCUGCUGUUCCCACCUGUUCGUGCUCCAGCUGGUUCACCGGCCCUCCGUCCGAUCCGUGCUACAAGGGCUCCUCAAGAAGCGCCUCCUGCCUGCCGAGCACUGCAUCACAAAAAUCAAGAGGAAUUUCAGCAGUGUGGCUGCUUCAUCGGGCAAUACGACCCUGAAUGGGGAGGACGGCGUGGAGCAGACGGCCAUCAAGGUGUCUCUGAAGUGCCCCAUCACGUUCCGGCGCAUCCAGCUGCCCGCCCGAGGCCACGAUUGCAAGCACGUCCAGUGCUUUGAUCUGGAGUCAUACCUGCAGCUGAACUGCGAGCGAGGGACCUGGCGGUGUCCUGUGUGCAAUAAAACCGCUUUGCUGGAGGGCCUGGAGGUGGAUCAGUACAUGUGGGGAAUCCUGAACGCCAUCCAACACUCUGAGUUUGAAGAGGUCACCAUCGACCCCACGUGCAGCUGGCGGCCGGUGCCCAUCAAGUCAGACCUGCACAUCAAGGACGACCCUGACAGCAUCCCCUCCAAGCGGUUCAAGACGAUGAGCCCCAGCCAGAUGAUUAUGCCGAAUGUCAUGGAGAUGAUCGCGGCCCUGGGCCCCGGCCCAGCUCCCUACCCACUCCCGCCCCCGCCUGGGGGUUCCAGCUCCAGUGACUACAGUAGCCAAGGCAACAACUACCAGGGCCAUGGCAACUUUGACUUCCCCCACGGGAACCCUGGUGGGACAACCAUGAAUGACUUCAUGCAUGGGCCCCCCCAGCUCUCCCACCCUCCGGACAUGCCCAACAACAUGGCCACCCUUGAGAAGCCCCUCAGCCACCCGAUGCAGGAAACUAUCCCCCACGCUGGCAGCUCUGAGCAGCCCCAUACCUCCAUACAGCAAGGCUUGCACGUACCACACCCCAGCAGCCAGGCAGGGCCUCCAUUACAUCACAGCGGGGCUCCUCCUCCUCCUCCUCCUUCCCAGCCACCCCGGCAGCCACCACAGGCCGCUCCCAGCAACCAUCCACACAGCGACCUGACCUUUAACCCUUCCUCAGCCUUAGAGGGUCAGGCCGGAGCGCAGGGAGCAUCCGACAUGCCGGAGCCUUCGCUGGAUCUCCUUCCAGAACUCACAAAUCCUGAUGAGCUCCUCUCAUACCUGGAUCCCCCAGACCUGCCAAGCAAUAGUAAUGACGACCUUCUGUCUCUCUUUGAGAACAACUGAAGGCCACCUCUGUCAGGCCAGUCCUUCACUUGGCCUCCUUCUCCGCCUGUCCCCACACUUUGUACCAGGGAGCUGUGUGCUCGGACCGCUCCCCACCUGCAACCUCGGGUUCUGGGGAAGAGAGACCUCCACUGGUACCCCUGGCAGGAUGGGGGGGUGGGGGUGUCAGGUGCACCAAGGAAAGCUGAGCCCCAUCUCACCCUCACCUGUUGCCCUGGGUGCCACCCAUGCCCGGAGCAGUCCCCAAGGAAGACCGUGACGAGGCAGGGCCCGUGAAAUGAACACAGGUGAAGCCGACGUCCUGGCCCCUCUGCAAAGUCACAACUCCUUCUAGUGCCCUAAGCUCUUCCACUCUGAACCGUAACCCUGCCUCCUUGCUGCCUGGCCCCGAGCCUCCUGCCAGGUGACUAUGGAGCCUGCAAGAAGGUCCCCAAGGUCCCGGCCACCUUGACUUUGACCCUGGAGGAGCGGUGACCGUUGGCGGCAGUGAGAACAGCCCACACACCACCAAAAGCACAAGCCUCUGGGAACAAGAACCUCUCCCGGCGGCUGGGGGUUGUCACUUGGACCCCUAGCUCUGAGCCCAUGCCCCCAGCAAACGCCAGCCUCCCUCCCUCCGAGAGCAGAAGGUAAGAUGACUCGGUUGAGCGAGGAUGCUAUUCCUGCUCAGGACCAGUGAGCAAGAGGCGAGAAAGCCAGGCUGGCACCGAGAUGCCCAGACACAGGCCGGGCCCCAGGCUUGCAGCAGGGAGGGAGCCCAACCCAGACAUGCCCUUGGCUGGGAUGAGAGUGUAAUGUGUGUGCUGGAGGCAAAGAACCAAGAAGUAACUUGGCUCCAAGCCACUCCCUUUAAACAACAACACCACCUUCAAGAUGAUUCCGUCAUCUGGAGGCAGGCCCGUCGGACUGGGACAGUCAGCAAACUGUUUCUUUUGUGUGUUUGGUUUUCUCCCUCCUGACCCCAUCCACCUCUCCCAGACUGUUACACGGGACACUCACUUCCCACUGUCCAGCCAGACCGUGAGAUGGGGACUCCAGAAAGGCCGCAGAGGGACAGGUCCAGGUGGACACCAGCACCCAGGCCAGCAACAUGUAUCCCUCCAGCCUCUCCGCGCCUGUAUUCAAGGCUGUCCCCAGCUCAGCCCAAUCCACUGCACAUUGGGAGAGAGAGCCCUGCGUGCAGAGCCGGGUGUCUCGGGCUGGCUUUGUGGUUGUGCCCAGCUGCCAGCAGUCAUUCCUUCUCUGACCCUGUCCCCACAAGCUCAUGCCGCACUCCGGCUCACUGAAAUAGAGCAGUCUCAUGUCCUCACACACCUCUCCAUCCAACUGCCUGGGCUCUGGCUGGCCAGCCUGCUGGGUGUCCAUUGUGUUCCUGGCUUGUCCACGGUCCCUGUGGUGAUGUGAGCUGCCUGGUCUUUGGCUCAUGUCUGUAGUACCUCUGCAUACUUCCCUGCUGCUUACUGGGGGCCUUGCACCCUCCUGCCCCCUGUCUCUAGUCCCCAUCUGUGGCUUUCUCCGCUUUCUCUCAGCGGGGGGUGGCCCCCUGCACUCCACUGUGGACUUGAUCCCAAGUGUCGACUUCCAGCCCCCUUCCGGAACAAACGGCACAAGGUUUUCUGUAGAAAAGCCACAAUUGCCUCCCCUCCCCAACCCCUCUUUUCCUUUGUCCUGUUAAUGUUUUUCAAACAGUGUGUUUUUCGGUAUGCCAAUCAUUUGUUUUCAGAAACGCUUUUGUAAAUAUCUUUGUGAAUAUUUUAGUAUCGUCUUUGAUAAUACUCCACAUUUUCACGACCUGGUUAUAGCCUUUGCUGGUGUUUUUAAAAUGUCUUGACUCAACAACAGCUGAGUCCUUUUUUAAAAAAGAAAACGAAAAAAGCAAACAACUACAGCAACACGUACACAAAAGCAAUCAGGGCUACUUCUGCAAUUGAAGGGACAAAGAAGGGGCAGCGGUGCUCGGAGUUGGAAGACCAGCAGCCCACUGUGGAGACUCGCCCCCACUUGACUGGGGGGACAAAACCAUGCCAGGUAGCAUCUGGCCACACCUGCCUAGUGCCCGUUAGUCCCGGAAGGGCUGGCCAUUGGCCGUGCUUUGUCCAAACAGCCCAGACAGACUUAAACAGAUGCCUUCCCAAGAAGUUCCUGUUUCCCACCCUAGUACUUUAUCCUGACGUCCUUUCUGGCUCUUACCCAGGUGUCUCCAGAUGACUCACUGACCUGUCCACAACGGUCUAGUGCGAGGAGCCAUGAUGCUGCUGUAUCCCAGCCUGCAGGGCACCUCCCUGGACUUCCCCCAAGAAAGUGUGGGCUUAGCAGCCAAGGCUGCUCCUGGGGUCCCCUCUUAUGUAAGCCUCCACCAGCAAGUUACGCACGCACACACUUUUCCUUCCAACCGGCUCUGAACCUAGGUGCCUGCAGCCCACGCUCGGGGAUGUCGUCUUCCACAGUGGUUUUGGUGCUGGGGCCUGGGGCGGGAGGCAAACAGGUGUGGCCCAGGCUGGCGAAAGCUCUCGGACUGACGGGUGAUAACCUUAGGAAGGGGAAGUGCCAGACUCUGGAGAGCUCUUUCCCGAACUCUUCUUGGACAACUAUUGGAGCCAUAAGUAACCUCAGCAAAAACAAGGCCUCAGCAAGCCACUUUGCCACGACCAGCAUCACCCGAGCCAUGGGCACAUUGCAGCAGCCACUCCACAGCAGGUGGGUGGCAGGCAGGCGGGGAGGGCCAAGUACAGGCAAUCACUCCCAUCUUCCUGGUUUGAAGCUUUACCUUUGUAUCAUGGUCUCUGUAGCCAUUUACUUUUAAGUAAUGUCUAAUAAUUCUUCCCUCGUGGAAGUCCUAACUGCCCCCGCCCCCGACUCCCCGAGAGCUGCACCUCAGUUCCCCACGAGCCUCCACCUGACCCAUCCAAACACGGCAGUGUCAGCAGCGGUGACACAAGGGACAUGUGUACAUAUGUAAAUGAGAAAUAGAGACAUGUUAACAGAUGCAUUCAUUUCCCUUGGAAUGUGUAUUGUUUUUAUUUUAUAAAACCACAAAAAAGAAAAAAAAAGAAGCUUGGAAUUCCAUCUUACGUGGAAAAUAGAUCCCAUUUGUUGGCGUUUGUGAGGGCUCCGCGCGUGUCUCACGAUGUAAUAUACUCGGGGCCUGUGUGGAAGGACUUUCUGUUCCGCUUUGUGUUAUUUUACCUCCAGCGUACUAGUCCUCCCACCUGUGUAUUUUUAGGGUGCUACGGGGAAAACAAUGGAAAGAAUGGGGAUUUCAAGAGAAAAUUGUAACCAAAUUCAUACUUUGUAUAAUUUUUGAUAUCAUGAUCACAGGUGAUUCACGCAUACAUCAACACCCACAGGAGUACAGUCUAACAUCACUCAGAAUACACCAUCGUCCUUGUACAGCGACGUACAAUGCAGUCAUUUCAUACCUUCAACUGGUCAGAAAAUGAAUUGUGGUUUCUAGUCUUGCAAAGCUGUAUGUAGUUAGAGGAUGUGACAACCUUUAAUAUUUAUCUAAUAAAUAUGUAUUCAGAUGAAACCUGUAUAUUAGGUGUUCAUGUGGUUAUUUUGUAUUUAAAGAUCAAAUUAUUUGACUAUUGCUAGACAUUUCUAUACUCUGUUGUAACACUGAGGUAUCUCAUUUGCCCAUGUUAAUUUUUUUCUAAAUAAACUUACAAAAAUGAA